AUGUCGAAUCUUCAAGCCUCGAAUCUGUUCUCGGUCCAGGGCCGAGUGGCGGUCAUCACCGGCGGCGGCAGCGGUCUGGGCCGGACCAUGGCCCGCGCUCUCGCCAUCAACGGUGCCUCCAAGAUCUUUGUCCUCGGUCGCCGUGAAGAUGCUCUCCGCGAUACCGCCGCUUUAGCCCAAGACGGCCUCAUCAUCCCGAUCAAAUGCGAUAUUACAUCGAAAGAGUCUUUGGAAGCGGCAUAUCAGGCUGUCGCGGCACAGACAACCCACGUCGACGUUUUGUUUGCCAACGGCGGCAUCUUGGGUCCGCUUAUGCGCCCACCGCCGCCCAAGGCAGACGGGAGUCUACCGUCCCUGGCAGAAGUCCGCGAGGAACUGUUCAACAUCCCGAUGGCGGAAUUUACAAAGGUCAUGGAUGUCAACGUCACCGGCUCAUACUACACUGUCCUGGCCUUUUUGCCCUUGCUGGAGGCAGCUAACCAGAGACGGCCGGCACCGCAGAUUGGUGUGCUCUCGCCCCCCACCGCCCAGGUUGUCAUCACCAGCUCUAUUGCGGGGUUCAACCGCAAGGUGCCGUUCAGCUAUGCAUACAAUGUCUCCAAGGCCGCCGUCACGCAUCUUAUCAAAUCGCUCUCAACUAAUCUGUCGCCGUAUGACAUCCGGGUCAAUGGUAUCGCGCCUGGACUGUAUCACUCCGAGAUGGCCGAAAAUUUAUUCGCCGAUGGUGGCAUUCAAGGUAGCGGCAUUUCAGACGGCUCAUUCCCAAGGGAAAUGAUCCCGCUUACCCGUGGUGGUAGCUCGGAAGAUAUUGCGGGUUUGAUCCUUUGGAUGGUGAGCACCUCGGGCGGCUAUCUUAAUGGCACCAUGAUGCUCACGGAUGGUGGUCGGAUUGGCUCGGUGCCGAAUACUUACUGA